AUGUGGGGAAAAGGAAAGAAACUUGAGAUCCAUAAUAAUCCUCUCACUCGAUCAUUGAUAGUGCGGAUUCCAAACGAGUACAUGCGAUCCAAAAUUCUAGAGAAAGGAGCCUGGUAUGUCGGCGAUUCAAUGUUCCAUACAGCAAAAUGGACUGCAGGUCACUCACCGGAGGAUUGCCAAGCGGUCACGAUGCAGCUCUGGGCCCAUCUUACUGAAGUACCUUUAGACCUAAGGCAUCAAAACGGCCUUAGUUUAAUUGCAGGCUUGAUUGGCGAACCAAAGGAAACAGAUGAUUUCACUAAAAACCUAGUAAGUCUUACCAUUGCACAUGUCAAGGUAGAAGUGCGACUGACAAAAGACCUUCCCGAUGUAGUUGAGUUUGAAAGGGAAAGUGGUGAAGUGGUUGAGGUAUUCGUCGACUACCCAUGGCUACCUCCCAAGUGCUCUCACUGUCAAGAACUAGGUCACAUUGCAAAGAAUUGCCUGCUCCUGCCAAUACCGACUAAAGAGGUUCCUCCGGCUCCUGAAAAAGGGAAACAGGAGAAGAUUUAUAAGAAAAAGGAAUCAACCUCCAAAGAAAAGGACCCGAUUUCCUCACACCCAAAGUCGAAGCCAACCUCUCCCCCUGAAACUCCAAAGAUCCAAAUCCCUGUUACCUUACGUCCACCUUUGGUAAACCAUCCCACUGAAAUCAUCCAUCCUCAAAACCCUUCUGCUACCCCAAAAACAGACCCUAAACUUUCUUCAAAAACCACCUUUAGCCCCCCUCAAUCCCUUUAA